AUGUUCACGGUCCCAGCCCAUCUGCCUAGAGCACCAGCAACUCCGUCAGGGGUGACAGGGCAGCCGGAUCAGAGCAAGCCGGACCGGACACUCGACUUGCUCGCGCCGUUCUUGGACUCCUCUCCCGCUUCGGCGGGACCUUCCAGGUGGACCGCUGGCCAAGCUACGGGUGUAAGAGAAAAGCUGGAGCAGGCAGUCAAGGAGAAUAAGGCGAGAAGCCAUCAACUUCUGCUGGACAAUUUUAGCACCAUCUCGUCGCAUAUCCAGUUGGCGGAUGCGCUUCGAGAACAGCACGGUCGAAUCGCGAGUCGGCUGGCGUCACUAGAAGGCCAGAUUGACCCCUCAAAUCUCCAAACCUCAUUCCUCCCGCCGGUUAUAUCCCAGCUAAAUCGGCACUUCACAGCUACAAAUCGUCGGUCCCGCGCCGCCGCGCAUGUCAAAGCGCUGAAGGCGCUGCAGAAGCAGGCGGAGAGGGUGGAGGAGCUGGAAAAAGCUAUUUGGGGCGGGAAAGGCGCGGAGGGCUGGGUGGUGGCCGCUCUCAGUCAGGCGGAAGGCGGUCCGCGGGCAGAGGAUGAGGGGAUUGCAGGGACAAAAGUGUCCUCGGCUAUACAGACGAGAAUACAGCUCUUCCGCUCUAUGCUCCUCGAACAGCUCUCUGAUGCCUUCUCUAGUGCGGUAUCACUCACUGCGCCUAAGAGUGGGAAGGGGGAAACAACAUUGCGCGUGUCGACCGAGACGAAGCUCCAACAACCUCGAAACCGCAGUCAUCCAUCGCAAUCGUCCGAACCAUCCCCCGACUACCCGCUCGCCCACAUUUACACCACACUGUCCCAGCUCGGCACCCUCCCACCCCUGCUCGAGGCCCUGUCGAGCAGGAUCUUAAGAGAUCUGGUCCGACCACUUCUCGAGCAUGGAUCGAAAUACCGCUUGACCUCCGUCUCCCCGUCCGCGAGCUCAGCUGAGCUUCGCCUCUCGUCAUCACCCACCAUCACCACCCCCGCGGACAAGAUUAGCGGCAGCUCCUUCCUUCUCGAAUUCCUCUCGACCUCGCUCUUCCCCUCUUCCCCUUCCUCGGAACUACCCGAGCGUCACCCGUUCAUCUCCCGCCUAACACACCAAAUCCUCAAUGAUUUGCUGCAAACAGUGAUUAUACCGGCUAUGCCUGCCACAAUCGCCGGUAUAACGGAAUGGCUCAACCUGCUGACACAAGCGGCACAGCUCGAAUCGACACUCGCGGUCAUGCCGGACAAGGUUAUUCAGCCAUUCGUCGAGGAGCGGGCGGGGCAGGAAUGGGUGCACAGCCGAAGUAGAGCGGCUCUAGAGGAGGUAAAGCAGCUCGUGCUGGGUGGAUGGGGUGGAUGGGACGGGAUGGAGGCGAAGCGAGAGAGGGAGGUGUCCGUGCUGGUCGAAGAAAAGACGGAAGCGGUGGAGGUGGAUGGAGACGAGGACGGAUGGGGACUCGACUCGCCCAUCGCCAGUACGCACCCGGAUAUACCGGCCCUUCCUCGGAAAGAGGAGGGUACGGCGGCAGACCCAGUCGUCGUCGAUGCGGAGGAAGACGCGUGGGGCUUUGACGAUGACGACAAGCCCGAGGAUGCGCCUGUCAAAGCGAAGUCAGCGAUGUCGGUAUCGGUAGCAAAGGCGGAUGCGGACGAGCCAGACGGAUGGGAGUUUGAUCUGGACGCUUCGAAGCCCGCCGCUGCAGCUUCCGCUUCGGUCAAACCGGCAAAACCAGUCAGGGAGGCGAAGAAGUUGGGCAAGAAGGUCGCGCGGGCGAAGCAGGCAGAAGCGGAUGCUAUGGCCGACAGCGGAUUCGGCAAUGAGGAUGAGCAGAUGUCGAGUGGGAUGAGCGGGAUGUCGACCCCUGCUUCUUCGAGCGAAGCACGUUCGGGGCAGGAAGGAGAUGGCUGGGGAUGGGACGAGCCAGCCCAGCCGCCACCAGUCGCCCCACAAGGCUUGCAUCACGAGAAGAGCGCAGAGCUGGUGGUGGAGAAGCAGGCGGCGGCGAAGCGUAUGGUGACCCGCCAAGAGAGGCGGGUAGUGGAGGAGUCCUACCUCGUUUCCAAGGCUUGUGAGAAGCUGUUGGGGCUGGUCGGGCGAUGUUUGGCGGAAAGUCGGGAAUUGGAAUCAUCAUCUCUACCUGCAUCGUUCACCGCCCCCGCUCCGCAACUCGCCCGCGCUACCUCUACCCUGCUCGACACCUUCCGCGCCCUCAUCCCCCUCACAUCCACCCAAAUUGCCGAUGUCCCCACACUGUCGAUGCAGCUCGUCAACGACUUCAGCUAUAUCGCCUCCCGCUUGCCAUCUCUUGACCAAUCCAACCCCUCCUCGCCUGGAUCGACUACCUAUACCGCCAGCGGACAAGGAUACGACUGGGGCAUGGCGGACCAGCAACGCCGGCUGUCCGCUUUUGCCGAAAGUACCUACGAGUCUCAACUUCGCCGUCAGGUCGAUGGGCUCAUGGAGCUGCUUGAUGAGGCGCAGGGGUGGGACGGGACUGGGUUGGCGGCUGGGAGUAGGAGGUGCGAGGGCGCGAUCAGGGGGGUCAAGGAGAGAAUUGAUAGCCUGGGAAGGGUGUUGAAGCUCGUCAUGCCCGCGAGCGCAUACUACCCCACACUCGGCUACCUGAUCGACACCACGGUCAAGCGUAUAAGUGCCGAAGUGCUGGCCCUACCAGACAUCACCGAGGUGGAGUCUGAGAAGCUGGAUGAGCUCUUGAAGGUGCUGCAGCCUCUCGAGGAUAUAUUCGAGGGGGCCGAGCCGCCAACAAGUAUUGUCUCCCACGCCCCUCACUGGUUGAAAUACAACUACAUCUCGGAACUCCUCCACGCCAACCUCGUCGAUAUUACCUAUCUGUUCGAUACGGGCGCUCUGGUUGAUUUCACAACGGAGGAAUUGGUCGGCGUCAUAAAGGCACUCUUUGCGGACUCGGAGAAGCGUGAUGGGGCCAUCGAGCGGAUUGAGCGCGGGCGGGGAACCCAAGGGGAAGGGGCGGGUAAUCUUGGGAGAUGA